AGUAACUUGAAAUACAAGUGCAUACUGAAUACUCUGAAGAACGACCAUUGUGUUUUUUAAAUAAAAAUAGACGAUCUGCACAGACAUGACACACCAUGUUUCUGUAGAAUAUGAAUCUGAAUGAAAUUUUUAACGCUGUAAGAAAUCAUCGAACGUUUUGUAGUAAAAAUUUAAGAGCUUUCGUCGCAUAUUGUCAUAUCUUCCAUUGUAUUGUAAUAUACACACACUCACAGGAAAAUCGAAUCAGAUCUCGUCAUGAAAUUGAUUAUUGUACUUGCUGCCGCCUGCAGUGCUGUUUCGGCCAUGAACAUACGCCAAGUUAGCCCCAGUGGCGCUCCGGGCCAGAGAGGGAUCCCAUCUCUUGCGCCCAGAAGGAUCAGUUCAAUCAGAUCUGCAAGAACGAGGGUAUGGUUCCUAAAAACGACGGGUUUGAGUGCUGCCAGUGGAGUAAACAGUGUGGAUUUGGUUCCGACGGUCAAUACAUCCCCAAGUGCAUGGUGAGCAAUUGUUGCAAGGAGCAGGGAUCGAACCCUGGACCCGAACCCGCCAACCCCGGACCCACCUCAGUCCGAUAAUAUCCGCACAUGCGGUAGCAGAAACAUUCAGUGUGAUGCUUCUAAGGACAUGAUCAUCAACUUCCCCAAGGAGUGCUGCAAGGAAGAAGGCAAAUGCGGAAACCUAGAGAAGUGUAGCGAGGAAACUUGUUGCAUGCUUGAGACAGAUCUUCCCCCAUAUGUGAUGACUUGUGAAACUAAGCUUGAUGUUAAUGAGAAUACAUUCGAGUGCGAUGAUGAAGACGAGGUGCGAACAGAUAGUUUCCUGUGUUGUCAAUACACCCCUAAGGAGGGUGAAGACGAGAAGACAAAGGAAUGCGCACCUUUCGGAGCCACAGUGAAGUGUCUUGAGAGAAGUUGUUGCGUAAGAGACGAGUAAAUCAUCUGAAUAUUUGGAAAAGCAAUGUCUAGAUGCCAAUUACCGCGUUCGUAUGUAGCGGUAAACUUCCAAGACAGCUGAGCUAGAUGGACGAGUGUAAACACAGAGGGACAAUCACUUCAGAUUAGACAUUAUUCGGCGUUCGACGACUAAUAUUGAACUUUUUGGUGCUAACAUGCAUCACAAUCAGUAGUACGGAGAGCGACGGCUCGUGGACUCUUUUGCAGUUAGGAUAAUAAAGAUUAACUCUUUCAUUUUUGAC